AUAACACAAUAAACAGACACACUAAACACUUCUGUGGCAUUUUCUCUCUUUUCGCUACCUCUUUUGUGUCUUUGUGACUGUAAACUUUUAAAAAUUGUGUUAUAUUUACCUUCAGGAUCGUGUGUUUAUAAAACCACCAAGGAGCAAGUACAUAAUCCAGCGUUUAACUAAUUAAACUUAUUCUAUUGAUUGACAGAAAAGUAGAAGUAUCACUUUUUCUGACUUUUAUCAGGAAAAAAAUGCUAAAUAUUCACUGGCAGGUAAAUGAGACAGGACUGUGAAAACUUAGACAACUAGAGUCGAUUCACAUCUCUCACUGAAGAAUCUCAGUUUGGUGUUUUUACUUGAUGAAAGACUUUACCAAUCAAUAAAAUAUCAGAAUUGUUUUUUUCCAGUAGAUGAAUUGUCUAAGUGCCUGUUUAACAUUAUGUUAUGAUUGCAUGUGUGAAUGUUUUCAGGGACCAUCACCAUCCUCAUGUCCUAUGGAGGAGGCUUUUACGGACGCACUGAGCGUGUCCGCCAGGCGCCCCACUAUGACCAGGUUCCCCAAGGCUCGUUACCCCGAGCAGAUUCCUAUGACCUGGAGCCACUGAGAGAGCAGCGAGCGCCUCAUCUAGCUCAGAGCGCUGACCCUCUUCCACCUCCGCCGCUGCCCGAUCAGCCUCCGGUGGGCCCUGAGUUCGAUCCCAGUGGCAGCGAAGACGACCCCGACCAAGACCCUGACCCUGCGCUCGACAUCAAACCGGUCCACCGCUUCAUCCCCGACUCCUGGAAGAACUUCUUCAGAGGAAGCAACCGCAGCAGCAACAAGGCGUGGUCCAUGCCUGCCUCCUCAUACAACAACAACAACAGCACCUCCGAGGGAGUGCGCUGCUCCCCCCCACACUCCCCCGUUCCUGGAUCAUACCGGGAUCAUUAUGGCGGCUCGGGCGGCAGCUACAACUCACGCAAGGAGCUUCUGGAAGCACGAGACGGCCAUGAGUCCGUGUCGGGGCGCACCCACCACACUGGUCUGACCUACAGCGAGCGAGUGGAAGAGUACCAUCAGCGCUACGCCUACAUGAAGUCGUGGCCGGGGCUGCUGAGGAUUCUGGGCUGCGUGGAGCUGCUGCUGGGAGCGGCUGUGUUCGCCUGCGUCUGUGCGUACAUCCACAAAGACAACGAGUGGUUCAAUAUGUUUGGAUACUCGUCUCCUGGAGGAGCGUACGGAGGAGGUUUCUACGGCGCUGGGACAGGCGGAUCAUACUACACUGGCCCCAAGACGCCGUUUGUGCUGGUGGUGGCAGGGCUGGCCUGGCUGGUGACUGUGAUUGUAUUAGUGCUUGGAAUGACCAUGUACUACCGCACCAUCCUGCUGGACUCCUCCUGGUGGCCUCUGACUGAGUUCAUCCUUAACCUGGCUCUGGCGGUGCUCUACAUGGCAGCAGGCAUCGUCUAUGUCAGAGACACAACUCGCGGAGGGCUCUGCUCCUACCCCGUCUUCAACAACGGCAUCAACGGGGCAUUCUGCAGGACGGAGGCAGGCCAGACUGCAGCCAUUAUCUUCCUGUUCGUCACCAUGGUCGUGUAUCUGAUUGGAGCCAUAGUGUGUCUCAAGCUGUGGAGGCACGAAGCUGCUCGCAGAUACCGGGAACGUUACAUUCAGGAGAUGCAGCCCUCUGACAUGCGAGCUGGACAGUCAUUGAUGGUCCCAGCUUCUGGUCCAGCUCCCAGAACUCCAGAGCAGGUUCGGGGCUCCUCGGUCGUUCCCAUCCAAGCUGCACCAAAAGCUGCUCCUGCGAAGGUUUUACAGGGAACGAUACCAUCAGGACACAUCCCGAAACCCGUUAUUGUGCCAGACUACAUUGCUAAAUACCCAACGAUCCGGACAGAUGACGAGCGGGACCAGUACCGAGCUGUGUUCAACGACCAGUACGCAGAGUACAAAGAGCUGCACUCAGAGGUGCAGGCUACCCUCAAGAAGUUUGACGAGAUGGACGGCAUGAUGCGCACUCUGCCUCAGCACCCGACCAGCCAGAUGGAGGUGGAUCGCAUCAACAGAAUCCUGCAGGAGUACCAGAGGAAGAAGAACGACCCCACUUUCCUGGAGAAGAAGGAGCGCUGCGAGUAUCUGAAGAGCAAACUGUCGCACAUCAAGCAGAAGAUUCAGGAAUAUGAUAAAGUUAUGGAGUGGAACGAUGGAUACAGCUGAACCGCCGAGAUGUGUCUACGCUGCAACACAGAUGCUGAGCUCCUUUCAUCAGCUGAGCAGCAGCGCUAGCAGAAAUGACCAACUUAAUGUGGAGAGUGAAACCCAAACAAAAAAACAUUUGUGAUUUCAGACUGUUUUGGAGUUUCAGUCAUCUGGGAGAAACACUUCUAUCAGCAGUUUUAUAUUUCUAUGUUUGUGUUUGUUUGAGCACUACGAGACAGAAUGUUUGAUACUUAGAGGAAUAAUUUAACAUUUUGGGAAAAAAGAUUUGUUUACUUUCCAAAGAAGAGUUAGAUAAGAUGUGGAUCUGCUCUUAUACGUAGCCGGUUAGUUUAGAUUAGCACAAAGAAAGCUGUGACCACUUCAAUGCCACCUUCCCUCCCACUGCUCUCCAGUCUGUGGACAUAUAUUUUGUCCAUCUGGUCGAACCACUAAGGUUGUUGUGGUGGUUUAUAUGAUAGUUUUCUGUAGUUUUUAGCUGUCUGACACUGUAGCUGUUCCUUUAGGUCACUGUGUGCAGCCAACGGACUUCUUACUUGACCUCAAGUAAUGCUGCAGCUUUUCCUAGAUACUUUUGUCAGCAACCAUACAGAGGAAUGUCUGCAAGUCAUCAGUUGACCAAUCUGGUUUUGUGGGUUUACAGUUUUUAUACACUGGGUCAAGGGCUGCAAGGUGGCUCGGUGGUUAGCACCGUUACCUCAUAGCAAGAAUGCCACCGGUUUGCAUCCCGGU